GCCUGUUAAAGGAGCCUGGGGUUAAAGUAGGAAGAGCUGAAGGGGGAGGAAGAAGAAAAGGGAAGGUCCGUCCUCCCUCCGCACUGGAGUUUAACUACUUUAAAGCACUUCCACCAGCUUUUUAUCGAUGUAAAAUUAAAACCAGAGUAGUUUUGCGUCGCGGUCAGUCCAGGCAGUGAAGCUGGUGGGACUGAAGCAACCCGCGGGGUGACGGACAGCGACAUGUCGGAGGGAUCCGAGGCCGUCUGGAUGUGACUGUGAGAGGAUGGAUGGAGAGAAAGAGACAGCAGAGGAGAAGGAAGAGGAGGAGGAGGAGAAAGAGCUUUGUCAACAUUUCACGGCGGCCUCCUCUGUGGACUACCCUGACCUUCCCAUCAUGCACUGGGAGGACCUGAGCCAGAGGAUUGCCGAGCUGGAGAAACAGGAGCAGGAGAGGAGGGAAAGGUCAAAGAAAUGUGGCGUGAGGAUGGGGGAGAGUUACGAGGGCGUGUGGAGCGAUGUUUGGGAUGAAGAGGAGGAAGACUUCAGGAGGUGUCGAGCUGCUGCUGUCACGUCACGAUUUCACAACCACAGAAACCUGCAGCUGUGCUUCAUCAACGACAGCGAGAGUGAAGAAGAAGAGGAAGGAACCAAUAAAAAGGGUUCCAUGGGAACGGGUGGAAACGGUUGCCAUGCCACCGGGCUGAAACAGGAAGUGAUCAUCGCACUGAGGACACUGAGGGACAAACUGCUGGCUGAACAGAAGGAGACGGAGCAUCUAGCUGGCUGCAGCGACGUCACCAAGAGGAAACAUCUGGAGCGUUGGGAGCUGCAAGAGUGUUCAGAGAAACAGCUCAGCGGCCUUAGAGUGACACUUCAACAGGAAGUACACGCUCUGAGCUCCGAGCUGGUGGCCCAUCUGUUGGUACGAGACCAGCUGAGGACAAAGCAAGACGCCAUGCUGCUGGACGUGCAGGACCUGACCUAACACCGGGACCAGCGAUAGAACCGUCCACGAGAUUGAGGUAACUCCUCCUUAAUGCGAACGUUUGGACACAGUGGGACCAGGAUCAGCUGCUUGUCCACGGCGAUCCAGAGGUCUGUAAUCCAGUAGCAUAUUAGCAGGAUGGCUAAUUUAUCCAAACUGACCAAUCAGCAGCAUUCAGGGAAACAAACAGAGAUCUGAUUGGAUGGUGGAGAUAAAAGGGAAGGUGGAAAUCCCAAAAGUCAUUCUGCAUUGCUCUUCAUUGAGACGACCGAGGACUUCAUCGCAUGUUUAGCGGAGAGAAAAGGCUCUGCAGGUGUCUGCCGGUGACAUGGAACGUCGAGUAGAAGUAGACGAAGAAUCACAGUAUGGGAUGGAUUUUUGGAAUGUUAAAUCCGUAGGCAAAGAGUUCUGACAUGCUUCCUGCUCGCGAGGAUGGUGUUUAACUUAUCAGGGCUUUGAGAACUGAACGCAUCAAAAAGUAAGACAAAAACCACUCAAAUCUUGGAGAUGAUUUAGAUUUUGUUUUGGCCAUUCGACACAUUUAAUUCUUUUUAUCAGAUUUUCCUUUUACUUUAGACAAAAUUCAUUCAAAAUUUUAGAAUUUAUCACAAAAUUACAAAGUUGUAACAUUUGAUUUUUUUUUUUGUUUUUUUUUUUAGAAACUUUUCCAGCAGUUUUGGGAAUUUUCACAAAAUAUUUUUUUUCUAAAAAAAAGUCAGCUAUUUUAGGAAACUUUCAUCGGGAAUUUUUCUGGAAUUUUACUAGAAAUAGUAAGGAAUUUCUUGUGAAAUUUCAUAAACAUUUUUAAGGAACUUUUUCAAAAUUAUAAGGACAUUUUCCGGGAGUAUUUGAAUUAAAAAAAAAAAUCCAGGAAAUUAUAUUAAAUUCAUUGAGAUUUUUUUUUUAGGAAUUUCCCCCCAAAAAGUUGGGAAUUUCAGAAACUUCUCCAGGAUUAUUUUUGGGGGGAUCAAGUUUUUUUUCUGGAAUUUAUCAGUUUUUUCUUAUUUUUUUGAAGUAUUUCCAAUUGUUGAAAUUGUUGAAAACUUCUUGGAAAUUGCAGAAACUUUUAUCUAGACCAUUUCUGGAAUUUUGGAUUUUCCAGACUCAUUCGUAAAACAUGUAGAUGAAUUUUCAGGAUUUUAUAUGACAUGAGUAAGGAAUUUUGCCCAAAUGUUUUGUAAUCUUUUGCCAAGUAAGUUUGGAAUUUUCAUAAGAAAUUGUUCCAAAAAAUUCAAAACUUUCGUUAGGAACUUGAAUUUAAAAAGCAUUAUAUUUGUUUUCUUGAGUUUUCUGAAAAUUUGCAAUUAUUUUUCAGACAACUUGCCAGAAAGUUUCUGGAUUUUUUAAAUUAAUUUAACUAAACAUUUUUAAUUGACCCUUCAGUUCAUGACGUUUAAAAGGAAAAAACUUUUAAAUUUAUGAAAAAAAUGUUUAAAAUCUACCAAAAAAGCCUUGAAGUAUUUUCUCUAUCUAGUAAUGAAC